GCUCUAGAUGGUUUUCUUCUUCUUGUCAACACUGACGGAAAAAUAGAAGUGGUAUCGGAAAACAUCAGUUAUUUCUUGAAAUAUACGAAGGAUGACCUUGUGGGGAAAAGUAUCUACAACAUAAUACAUGUUGGAGAUCAUGCUCGUUUCAGCAGCAGCUUAUUACCAAUGUCAAUAGGUAACGGAUUUGGCUGGACUCCAGAGCCUGGCACGAGUAAAAGUCGUAUGUUUAAUUGUCGUUUCCUCAUAAAACCUCGUGAGGAUACCGAGGAAAGUAUGGAAGAAAAACAGACUCGAGUAUCUCAAUAUGAGAGCAUGCAGAUUUCCACCGUUCUCUUGCCUCAUCCUGCUAAACGUUCAGACAGUCCCGAAGCUGCUACUUCAGACGUUCAGAAUCUGUUGUUUUGUGUUGCCCGUCGAAUCCCUCCAAAUGAACAAAACCAAAGUCCAGCUGGUGUGGAACAGUUUACAACAAGGUUGGACGUUACGGGGAAGAUCUUGGCGAUUGACACAAGUGGUGUUUCGUCGACAUACAGCCAGUAUCUGAACAAGGAUCUUGUUGAAAGAAUUAUCCAGGAACUGUGUCAUCCCAAGGAUUUACAGAGGUUGAAUCAACAUCUUAAAGAAACUCUACAGGUGGGCAACAACACCAGUGGAAUAUACCGAUUAAAAGUUGCCCACGAAAAGUAUAUCCAUGUCCAAACGAAAAGUAAGAGAGUUACCUACAAUCCUGCCACGUGUGAACAGGAGUUUAUUAUGGCAUCACAUUCGAUUAUCAGUGGAGAUACUAAUUUGCUGGAUGUCGAUGUCGAUCAACGAAAUGGUGGUUCAUCCUCGUCUAACAGUGUAGGAGUUGACGGUCAUAUUUCUGCUGCCAUCGCAACCACUGCAGUUAAUGGGCCUUCUUCCAAUGUCCUUUAUUCUAGCCUUACCUCGCUGCCUUCGGCCUCUCAGGAUUUCAGUUUGGAUGAUUUUGGUCUUGACCUUUUCCCCUCUUCUAGUUGGGAACUGACAACAGAAAACAGCAGAGAAGAUCUGACCAGUGGCAAUUCUAUACCUAAUCCUUCACCAACACCUAGUACCAGUAGCACAAGUAAUGUUAGGGUGACUUUAGGUGCAGUCCAACUGUCGAACAGUGCCUUCCCAAAUGAAAUGUCGCCAAUAGUGCAGUCCCCUCCUUCUCAGUUGCCUCCUUCUUGUAAUGUUAGUCAAGUUACUCCGCAUAAUAUCUAUUCAUUUAGUCCAUCUUCAAAUGGAAGAGUGACCCCUUUAGGGUCGAAACAGAUGGAAGAUGAAACUUUUGUUUCGGAUGUUAACUUUGGUAAAAGAAAUAUUUCAUUGUUAAAUUAUUCAGAUCACCAAUCUCCAGCUAGAACCAAUCCAAAACUUAGAAACUUACUAACGCAGGGUACCGAGAAAAUUGGAUCUUCUACUGGAGUAACUUCUUUUUCAAAACUGUUCAGUGACGGGGGUGAUUUCCAGAAGAUCCACCCCACGGGUUUAGAAAAUGGCUUAGUAAAGAGAGGGGUGCCAGAUGAGGAUAGCUCCAGUAAUUCAUCCAAAAAUGUAAUACUACGAGAACUUUUAAACCAAGACGAAGAUGCUAUGUCCGAACCUCCGAAUAAAUCGCGUUUCCCUAGUGGUGGUUCUAAAAGUGGAACGUGUUUCAAAGCUGAUCCGAAUAAAGAAGUAUCUAAAAGACGUGUGAACAAUAACAACAUGCUGAGAAAGCUUUUAAACAGUGAAAUGGAAGGUGUUCAGAAUAAUCGGAGGUCGCACGACGUGUUAAUUCAACAGCUGCUCAAAGCAGAAUCUCCAGAAAAGAAUGAGAACAGCGUGAGUGCAGAUACGAACUCUCAGUCCAGUUCUACUGACCAGCUCUUCAAGGACUUGGGCCUUAACUCCAACCAGCCUAAUACGUUGCCUCUUCCCACCUCACUUGGUGCAGUUUUUGGUUCUAUAUUGAAGCGAAAAUCUGAUGAAAACGUAGACCCACCAACAAAACGACCAGCUGUUCAACAUCCACAUCUGGCUGGCCAGAAUCCUAUGUUGGCUUCCAUGCUGGCUCAGACACCUAAAACAGAGCCAUCUGUCCCCACCACAAUCGCAAACUCAAUCAUGUCCCAGUUACCUCAGGACCGGCUGCCUAAAAACCUCGAAAAGAAACUCAUUCAGACUCCGUGUACUAUCAUUACAUCUGUUUCCUCCAACAACUCGACACAUGCCACCUCUACAAACAUCUCUCACCUUCAUCAGGAUGUGAUCACGGCAGAUUCCCGAGGACACGUCACUCUCGGUCGACACUCUGCAACCACCCUAAAUAUCCCCCAAGGACAGACCACUCUGUCUCCCCAGAAUGGAUCCCUGCCUCACCACCACCAGGGUUUACUUAGUCGUGUACUGACCAAUACUGAUAGUUCUCCGUUAACAAGAACUUUGGCUGUAGCUUCUGCAAAUGCUGCCAGUUUAAACCGGUCCAGCCAGAGUACGUACAGCAACUUUCAACCACGCAGUCAGCUUGCCCAACAACCUGCCAAAUCUCUGACCCUUGCGGAUUUACUCGGAGAUGUUAGUUCUUUCGAUUCUGUAGUUGGGUUGACGGCUCAGAGCCAGACGUCAGAUCCCAUGUUAUCACAGAUACUGGACGAGGUGUGUGUCAGUCCUCGGGUUUGGAGCAUGCAGCAAGAAAUGGAACCUUCUGUGCUGGAUGAUAAUAUCAUACUAAAAAUACUGGAUGAAGUCUUUGAACAACCAACAGGAUCUUCUAGUUUGGGAAGUUUGCCUUCCAACAAUCGGCCAGUUCAAGAUGUGCACGAAAAACUUGCCAUCAAUGCUAUUCAACAACAGUUGAUGAGUUACGAGACCUCGAAUAGCCGUGGGACGGUCACUUCCCAUUCUACGCAGCCUUCCUUUCACACUCAAGCUUCUAGUACGGCUCUCGGAGCCAUUCCGUCGAACUCUGUUAAUUAUCCUUCUGUAUCUUCUUUGUCGACUCCCUCUACUGGUUAUAGAGUGCGGCUCCAGAAUCCUGGUCUUCUGGCCAGCGUUCAGCAAGGUGUGACUCUGGGAAACUACCAAAGGCCUGUAGGUGUCCAACAACCGAAUUCUGCAAACCUGACACCAGAGGUGUAUCACAGGCUUCUCGAACGUCGACAGAAGAUGCUUCAGCACCAGAAACGGUCGAGAAUGCAACACCAGCAGGUUGUUCAAGUUCCACAGACGGUUACGGAAUCCCUGAACUCAUCACCUUCUCCAGUAUUUACCGAUAACAUGAACGAUCUGUUGAACAACACCGUGGCUCCUCCCAACGUCACACUCCAGUGUUUCAGUGGGGUCCCAGAUCAACAAGUAUCACCGAGAUACAAUGCUACUUUAAUAAGUCAAAACAAUCCUUCACAACUGUCUCCGGGUCAGCGAACUGGUCAGCGGUCUCCUUACUCCCCACUUUCUCAACAGUCAUUUUCCAGUGUUAGUCCACCUGUCACCAGCAGUUACCCCCAUCCGAGACUUCCUUCCUACUCCCCUUCAUCUCCUAUACCAGUUGCAGGAGAAGGACCUCAGUCCCCUCAUCUUCAAGCACUUUCCCCACAACCCCAGUGGAAUCAAAGCACAGCCACGACAGGUUCUGUCCAACAACAGAACCCAAUGUUGAAUGCUCAGCUGUCACAGAGUUCAUUUGCCAGUCAAGGCAGGUUUGUUACGAAGGCACAACGACAGGUACCAGUAAGAUCCAUGCAUAGCCCAAACUCUGUCACCAGUCAGAGAAACACACUUUUUCCUGGCCAAUCAGAUGGUCAGUUUCGGUCACAAUCGCCUGGUCACCUUUACCAACAGGCAUCACAAGUACAGCCAAAACAGAGGGUGCAGAGGACAGUUUCUGUACCUAGUCGCGUAAACUCGCCAAGGACACCGCACGGAGGAUAUGUGGGUGGCGAUCAAGUCGUAUCACCUCGGCCACAGAUGUCAUCGAGCUACAGCAGUCAGUCUGCACGUGGAAAUAACUACACGUCUGCAGACGGAGCGACAGAUAACUCUCACUUUUGUUUCGAGCAACAAAACCUGCAGAUGUUUAGUUCGAGCCUUGUCGAAAGAGGGCAGGUUGCAGGAAAUGGUAAUGGCAGAGUGAGACAAGAGUUACGGGCUAUGGUGGGAGCUAAAACCCAGCAACAACAAGCACAGGGACAACAGCUCCAGCAGUACGUUCUUAGUGGAGGGGGAUCUUCAUCCACACCGAGUCAUCAGACCUUUAACCCUUCAGAGUUAGAUGCACUUGUUCUGUCAUUGGAUCUUGAAACAGCAGCCGAUGGAUCUCCGGGUCUCUUUCCACCACCCAGUAAACACGGUACCUUAACUCGGGUUCCCAGUCAUAGCCCUAGGGGUGAAGAACCAAAGCCUCCUGAUCAGAAAAAAAGCCUACUUCAACAGCUUCUACAACACACACCAGAACCUUGCUAAGAAAAAAUAUCGCUACCUUUUAGCCUCGGCAGAACUGGGAUCUGAAGCGGACAUUGGGUGUUGCUACAAACCUCGUAAAAAGUGUUAAGACUUUUAACAUAAACACAUCGUAGACAAUUCACCUUGGAACCUUUUUUUUUUAAAGACUUCUGCAUAAGUCCUCAAAGUACCGAGCUUGGAUGUUAUUGGUUUUAUUUUUUGAGUCUGUGCUCGAGCGAUUGUGUAAAUAUAAUUGUAUAUUUCUGGGAUGGCCAAUUAUGUAUCAACCUCAAAAAAAAAAAAAAA